GUAAGAGCAACUUGUGGAAUGAGAGCAUUUACUUACUAUUGACAGGCAAGUGAACAAAUGAGCAAAUGAGAGAUUAGAUUUUAUUACAAAAAUGGACAGUUUUUCUGAGAUAUCAUGUAUUUUUUCCUGCCUAAAUGGAGACAUUGUUGAGAUUUCAAUGCGGUUUCAUUUGAUUUAAGUACUGUAGAAAGUCAAACUGUUAUCCACCAGGACCUGAGAGAGAACAGCAUCUAACCCAACAGUGUACGAGCCAUGGGGACCUUCGCUGGAGGGUAUUUUAACGUCACCUCCGAAUCCCCUGUCAAUGCCACGUACCACCUCUUGGGGCUGCCCAACUUAAAGAAACUGGCCCGUUUAGACGAAGCUCUCUACCAGGAAUUCUACGUUCUCUGGAUUGCACUAAUAGUAGUAAACACGCUCAUGUUUGUUGUUGGCGUCCUUUUAAACAGCAUAGCCCUCUACGUAUUUUGCCAGCAGAGUCGCUCUCGGACGACUCCCGGCAUAUAUACCAUAAACCUAGCAGUGGCCGAUCUGCUGGUGGCGCUGUCGCUCCCUGCUCGCAUCGCUCUCUACCACAGCGGCGGUAAAUGCAUCGCCUGUUUCUACAUCCACACCUUCAGCUACUUCGUAAACAUGUACUGCAGCAUCUUGUUCCUCACCAGCAUCUGCGUCGACCGCUACAUGGCAGUUGUGCGAUCCGCAGGAACCGUUGGACGCUGGCGAAGCCCCGCAGUCGCUAAAAUCAUAAGCAUUUGCGUGUGGUUGUUCGCCGUGGUAGUCACCUACUCUUUGCAAACAUCUGCGAUUGAGUUCCAUGGCGCAUCUUGUUGUCACUUAGCUGUUCUUUUCACCCUAACCGUGCUGGAAUUCAUAUUGCCGCUUCUAGUCAUCAUAACGUUUACCGUACGCAUAGCAUGCGCGCUGGCGGACAGCAGGCUCAUGCCGCAGAGUUGGGGUCACCGCACACGUGCAGUAAGGCUGCUCAUAGCCGUUCUAGUGGUGUUCACUGUUUGUUUUACGCCAUAUCAUGUGCGCGAGGCUGUGGUGUAUUUCCAGCUAGGAGGCAGCAGAGUGCAGCACGUAGUGGCAUACCACGUUACGAUCACUCUUAGCAGUUUAAACAGCUGCCUCGAUCCCGUGGUUUAUUGCUUCGUACCAGAUAGUUUCCGCUCUACUCUUCGCAAAGAACAGAGAAAGAGGUUGGCAAAUCAUCCAGUGCCAAUUGCGAAGGGUAACAGGACCAAAGGUUCCGGAACGCCAACGGCCAUUGCGUACAGUGUGGCUACACUCACGCUAUCACCAUAUUUACUGCCACCCAGAGACGACUCUGCCUGAAACGAGAGACUCGGAGAGUAAUGAAACUCUAACGGGCACUUUAGCAAGAGAUAUUAGAAAUUUUGACAACCACAGAAAGUGCCACAAAAUGCUUUUUGUCUUCAUUUUGAACAGUAUUGUCUUUUUGUGAAAUGUCUUCCUAGAAAAGUGUGCUCGUUCUACCUUCAAAUAAUUGUCCCUUUGAUAUUUUGUUAAUGCCAUGCCUUUCAGACAUUUUUAAGUGUGACUUAAGUGUCCAAAUAUUUUUGGGGGCCAUACAUAAUGGUGAACUCUUAUACCUUACAUGGAGUUCUAAUUCAAGAUGUUUAUUUUGUUCUUCGCUUGAUUUAAUGGAGCUGUUAGCUCAUGUGUUUAUGUGUAAAGACCACACUGAGAAUUCUUAACAGAGUGCCAUGCAAAUACAAAGUGGUUGGAACGUACAUUUACAGAUACAUUUAAUGAUGAAACUAAAGGUAAAGUUUGUUUAUGAUUUGUUUAAAUUACUUUUGCAUUAACAGUGGGUACUGUGCAUGUCUGUCCAGAACAGAACUUCUGCAAAAAUCCAUUUAUUCUCCUGUAGAAAACCAGACAAAAUUGUAUUCAUGUCCCAAGGAGUUCAGGUGAUAUCCUGGCCUCAACAUCAGUGCAGGUUCCAUAACAAAGUAUUAUUGUGGUCUAUCACAAGAGGGCAUAAUUUCUUUCAAAAUGGUUUGUGUAUGAAGUUGCAGCCAUAGCUUUUAUAAAUAAUAUUGAAAAUAACUAAAUGUCAAAUUAUAUAUAUAUAUAUAUAUAUAUAUAUAUAUAUAUAUAUAUAUAUACUGUGCAAAAGUUUUAGGCACUUGUGAAAAAUUUUGUAUAGUGAAAAUAUUUUCAAAAGUAAUGCCAUAAAUAGUUUUGAUUGAUCAGUUAACAUUGUACAAAGUGCAGUAAAUAUAAAAAAAAAGGUAAAUUAAUAUUUUGUUUGACCACCCUUGUCAUCACAACAGCACCAAUUAUCUUAGGUACACCUGGACACAGUUUUUCAAGGUUCUUGGCAGAUAGGAUGUUCCAAGCUUCUUGGAUAAUUCGCCACAGAUCUUCUAUAUGUUUCGGCUGUCUCAAUUCCUUCGGUCUCUUCAUGUAAUCCCAGACUAACUCGAUGUUCAGUGGGGGGCUCUGUGAGGGCCAUGACAUCUGUUGCAGGGCUUCCUGUUCCUCUAUUCUCUUCUAUUCUAUUCGCAAAAGAAAUGUUUGGGAGUCUAAAAUGUAUAUUUUCUAUUAACACACUAAAGCAGAAGAUAAAAAUAACCAUGUAAAGACAAAUGUUUUUGUGAAAAAUCUUAUGUGCCUAAGA